AUGGCUUCUCUGGCGAUGCGGAAGGCUAGCUGGGCCUGUGUGUCCCGUCCGUCGACAUACUCGAGGCUCGCCGUGAGCUCUGCCGUGUGCAGACAGAUAUCCUCCUCCAAGCCGGCGUCAAAAACGACAUCAACACCUACAUACCGACAGAACACCUCUAGCAAUUACCCCAGAAGGACAUAUAACAGCUACAACAAGACCUCGUCGUCCUCACAGUCAGCUUCUUCACCAGCCCCGUCAACCUCAGCUCCCAAACCAGCCGCCUCGACAGCACCAGCUCCAGCUGCACCUUCGUCUCCAUCUUCAUCCACGCCCAAAGACACACCCUCAGCACCAGCAUUCACAACAUCGCAGACGUCGCACCCAAUACAAAACAUCACCAAGACGGGCCUUGCCGAUGCGCCACCAGAACUCGUGCUAGAACCAGCAAACGUGCCCAAUGGCCACGUCGACUGGACACGCUCAUACCACGGUCUAAGCGCUGAGCCGUUCUCAAAGGAAGCUGCUGCGAUACUACUUGCGCCCGUCGAGCCAGACGACGUCGAGAUCAAGCCUGAUGGCAUUGUAUACUUGCCGGAAAUCAAAUAUAGGCGGAUCCUGAACAAGGCGUUUGGACCGGGCGGGUGGGGUCUUGUACCGCGCAGCGAGAGCAUAGUUACAGGCAAGACGGUGACCAGAGAAUACGCCUUGGUUGCACACGGACGGCUGGUAUCUGUAUCCCGUGGUGAACAAGACUACUUCAGUCCGGACGGCAUACCCACCGCCACAGAAGGGUGCAAGUCCAAUGCGAUGAUGAGAUGCUGCAAGGACCUGGGUGUUGCGAGUGAGCUGUGGGAUCCUCGCUGGAUCCGCAAGUUCAAGGCUGCGUAUGCAAAGGACGUGUUUGUAGAACACAUGGUGAGCAAGAAGAAGUCGAAGAUCUGGAUACGCAAGGACGACGAAGUCAUGUAUCCGUGGAAGAAGACCUAG